AUGAAAAUGAAGGCAGAGGCUUUGACGUUGCUGCUGGUAAACUUGGCCGGAAUCAUGGAGAGAGCCGACGAGUCGUUGUUGCCUGGCGUCUACAAGGAGGUUGGCGCAGCUCUGCACACCGACCCGACUGGGCUCGGCUCGCUCACUCUUUUCAGGUCCAUUGUGCAGUCGGCUUGCUACCCAGUAGCGGCCUACCUCGCGGUGCGCCACAACCGGGCCCACGUCAUCGCCCUCGGUGCCUUUCUCUGGGCCGCCGCUACUUUCCUCGUCGCAUUUUCCUCCACUUUCUUUGAGGUGGCUAUAUCCAGAGCUUUGAAUGGGAUUGGCCUUGCUUUAGUUGCUCCUGCUAUGCAGUCCCUUGUAGCCGACUCAACUGAUGACAGGAACCGAGGUACAGCUUUUGGAUGGCUUCAACUAACUGGAAACCUUGGUUCGAUAAUUGGUGGGCUUUGUUCCAUAUUGAUAGCUCCAAUAAAUUUCAUGGGAAUUCCUGGCUGGAGGAUUUCCUUUCACCUUGUUGGACUAAUUAGUGUUCUAGUCGGCAUUUUAGUCCGUCUGUAUGCCACUGACCCGCACUUUCCAGAUGGUGAAACAAAAGAUAGCAGUCAGACUUCUGGUAAUUCCUUGUGGUCACAAGUCAAGGAGCUAGCUCAAGAAGCCAAGUCAGUUAUUAAAAUUCCUUCUUUCCAGAUUGUUGUGGCACAAGGUGUUACUGGUUCAUUUCCCUGGUCAGCACUGUCAUUUGCGCCCAUGUGGCUGGAACUUACUGGCUUCUCUCAUGGGAAAUCCGCUUUCCUUAUCGCCUUGUUUGUAAUUGGUAGUUCGCUUGGGGGCCUGUUUGGAGGUAAAAUGGGGGAUAUCCUUUCCAUCCGUCUACCAAAUUCAGGAAGGAUAAUACUAGCCCAGAUAAGCUCUGCAUCUGCCAUCCCUCUUGCAGCAAUUCUUCUGCUUGUAUUACCUGAUAAUCCAUCUACAGCUGUCAUCCAUGGUUUGGUCUUGUUCAUUAUGGGAUUCUUAAUAUCUUGGAAUGGUCCAGCUACAAACAAUCCAAUUUUUGCGGAGAUAGUUCCUGAGAGGUCCAGAACAAAUGUAUAUGCUUUGGACAGAUCUUUCGAGUCCGUACUCUCAUCAUUCGCUCCUCCAGUAGUUGGGAUAUUGGCGCAGCAUGUUUAUGGUUAUAUACCAGUUGCUGAAGGGUCCAGUGCAUCUGAAGAGAUUGCCACAGAUAGAGGGAAUGCUUCAUCGUUGGCAAAAGCACUCUACACAGCAAUAGGAAUUCCAAUGGCUCUCUGUUGUGUUAUCUACUCAUUCCUAUAUUGCACCUACCCAAGAGAUAGGGAGCGGGCUCAGAUGGACGCUUUAAUAGAAUCAGAGAUGCAACAAAUAGAAUUAGAGAAUUCACCUACAGGAGAAGAGUAUUCACAUGUUCGGUUUCCUGAGUCGGAAGAGCCAUAUGUGAACGAUAGAACUGUCAUUGAAGUGGACUAUGAGCGCGAGGAUGCUCUGGAUGCUGAUGCUGAUGAUGACGAGCAGACAUUGCUGUACCGUCAGUUAACAUUCUCCAAUUUGAGCCCACAGUAA